GUAAUCAGGAAAUGGAUUGGGACCAGUUUGAUUUGAACCCGAAAGUAAUUGCUGCCCUUAAGAAAGCUGACAUAAAAUCAAUAAAAGAGAUUUUAAAUUUUUCUGGAGCAGACUUGCAAAGACUGAUGAAACUGUCCAGUGCAGAUAUACAGUGCUUGUUGAAAACAGUCUCUCACAUGCUGAGGAGAAACAGUAUGCUUACAGCACUUCAGCUCUACCAAGAUAAAGAUCAUCUCACCUCCCAACACCAGAAGUUAAGCCUAGGAUGUUCAGUGCUAGACAACUUGUUAAAGGGUGGCAUUCCUUUAGUGGGAAUCACAGAACUUGCUGGCGAAAGUUCUGCUGGGAAGACUCAGAUUAGUUUACAGCUGUGCCUUUGUGUGCAGUAUCCUUACAAAUAUGGUGGAUUAGAGUCUGGAGCUGUCUACAUUUGUACAGAAGAUGUAUUUCCAAGUAAACGUUUGCAACAACUCAUAGAUCAACAACAUAAGCUGCGUGCAGAUAUUCCAGCUGAAAUCAUACAGAAGAUCAAAUUUGGAAACAGUAUUUUUGUUGAGCAUGCAGCAGACCUAGAUACCUUUCACAACUGCGUUACUAAAAGGAUUUCCCUACUGCUCACGAGAGGCAUGGUGCGGUUGGUGGUCAUAGACUCUAUUGCUGCUUUGUUUCGAUGUGAAUUUGGAGUUUCAGAUUCUGUUAUGAAGGCUCGGUAUUUGCAGACAUUCGGAGCACAGCUUCACAGUUUAAGCACUAGAUUCAGGACUCCAAUAAUGUGCAUUAAUCAGGUGACCGAUGCAGUGAGCGAGUCGGAAGCCGCUCAGUGCGGUUGUAGUGUAGCGGAUAACAGAGUCUUGCCAGCACUUGGCAUAACCUGGGCAAAUCAACUUCUAAUGAGACUGAUGGUCAGCCGAAUAUCACAACCGGAACAGUCAUCUGGAGUUGCGUCACACCACCCUGGAAGUGUGAGGACUUUAAGAGUAGUUUUUGCUCCUCAUCUCCCUCCAUCCUCUUGCUACUAUACGGUAAAACUGGAAGGUGUAAAAGGAAUCAAAUAA